UCCAUGACCCCAGGGUUUGGUACCCAAGGGGAUCCCUCCUGGGGCAGUCCCCAUGCCACCCAGGACUCAGUGAUGAGGUAAGGUGGCUGCAGGGCAGAAGGAACAGGAGGGCCCUGCCCAGGUGCACCAGUGGACCCAGAGACACUCCCUUGGUCCUCAGGACCUGACCAAUGAGCUGAGCAGCCCAAUCUGGGAUAAGAGCUGGAUAAUAAUCAGGAAAAUUUGGAUCUCAGCUGGCUGCGGGGAGAGGUACCAGGGGUGAUGACAGACUUAGCAAAAAACAACAAACAAACCUAAAAAGAGGAUAUCCAGUUAGAGUUGAAUUUCAGAUAAACAAUCUCAAUAUAAGUAUGUCCCAUGCAAUAUUUAUGACAUACUUAUACUCAAAAAGUAUUUUUGUGUUUAUCUGAAAUCCAGAUUUAACGGGCUGUUUUGUAUUUUAUCUGGAAACCCUGGUUGGGGGGGAUAUUCACCCCUCCCAACUCACUCACUCUCCCAGUUGAUCCCUCCGGCCCUCCAACCCCCAAGGUCAGCAACAGUCCUCAGCUCUGUUUCCCUAACCUGGUGGGGGCUGACUGGGCCAGCAGUGCUCCCGACCCAGACACAGAGCAGGAGAGCAGAAAGGGCUUGCUCAGGCCUGGAACCCCCUCCCCAGAAAGCUGGGGUCUCUGAGGCAGGCCUGGCUCUUGGGCUCUGAGGGUCUGGCUGGGUUUGCCAAAUCCUGUUUCAGGUCCAGGCAACUGUUGAAGAGCCCCGGAGCCUAGCUCUUUCCCGACGCCCCCUGGUGGCCGCCAACGCUGCCUGCUUUGCCUUCAGGUGGGCUCGCUCUCUCUGGCGCAGGAGAAAAAGGGGAACCCACCAGAGCCCUCCAGAAAAGAGGAAGGCACAGCUUUCGGAGCGGUUUGAGGGGGAGGAAGGCUCUCCUAGGGCUGAAAAUGAGGAAGGCUGGCUAAGCAGGACCCCCACCUGGAGAAGGUCAUCACCUCUGCCAGCGCUGGUGGAAAGAGGAUCCAGAACAGGAGGGGGUUUCCAGCCUGUGCUCACCCCCCUUUCCUGGAAAGGAAGGGAGGGGGUUCAGGCUAGAGCAGACACUGCCUCUCUGCCGCAGCAGCAGUCCCACCCGCAGCCUCUGUCGCUCCCCUAGGGUGACACUGAGCUGGAUUUCCUGGGCUCCUCCCUUGCUCUCUCACACAGCCUGACCCUGGAGCUGCUUCCUCCUCCCCCUGGCUCCCUUUCCCACCAGUGUGGGUACCUCGGGAGGUGGGGGAGGGCCCCACAGCAAGCUUGGCUCAGGGCUGUGGGGAGCCUUGCGUUUUUCCCAGUGAGACCCCAGUCUCCACCUAGGAAGAGAUUAAGGCUGUCCAUUUCCGGUUUGUCCGUCCAUCUUCAGUUUAAGGAGGUGGGGGGUGGGUGCUGUUCAAGGGGCGAGUGGGGUGGGCUUGGGUGUGGGUGGCAGGUGAGUGAAGCAGGGCCAGGGGAGGAUGCAGGAGAAGGAGGGCCUGGGGAGGGUGUGGCAGCCGUGGGAUCCUAAGACUUUUGAACCCGGGGCGGGGCAGAACUUAAGGUCCAUCACUCCUGGGAACCCUUUGUGAGCCCAUCAUGGGGUGUCGCCUCUUCCCCCAGCAACAGUGACUCACAAAGCAGGCUGGCGCCGGGCAGAUGUCCCCUCCCCUGGGCCCUGGAAGGCCCAGGUCACAAAGGCCAUCAGGGUCAAGCCCUGAGGAGGCAUGUCCCAAGACAGCCCUGUGCGCGCUCACCCCUGCAGCCGCCCCCCCAGGCCGGGCCUGGGUCUCCCGCCGCGACCCCAGGCCGGUGACUGGGCGUUAGGGCUCGCGCUGAGCGCCGGGUAGCCUCGACGCCCAUGUGCGUCGUUUGCUUCGUGAAGGCGCUGGUGCACGUGUUCAAGAUCUACCUGACCGCCAACUACACCUACAACUUCCGCAGCUGGCCAGUGGACUUCCGCUGGGAUGACGUGCGCACCGCAGGCGGAGGCGGCAGCGGUCACCGCGCGCUGACGUGCGCGGCGGCCGCGGCGGGCGUAUGGCUGCUGCAGGGCACGGCGCUUGGCCGGGACGCGCCGGGGCGUCCGCUGCGCGGGUCGCGCAGCCAGGCGCAGUGCCUCCUGCAGCAGAUCCGCGAGCUGCCGGGCCAACUCGCUAGCUACGCGCUGGCCCACUCAUUGGGCCGCUGGCUCGUGUACCCCGGCUCCAUGUUCCUGAUGACGCGCGCGCUGCUGCCGCUGCUGCAGCAGGGCCAAGAGCGCCUCGUGGAGCGCUACCGUGGCCGGCGUGCCAAGCUGGUGGCCCGUGACGGCAACGAGAUCGACACCAUGUUCAUGGAUCGCCGCCAACACCCGGGCAGCCACGGCCGCGGCCUGCGCCUAGUCAUCUGCUGUGAAGGCAACGCCGGCUUCUACGAGAUGGGCUGCCUGUCCGCGCCACUGGAGGCCGGCUACUCCGUGCUGGGCUGGAACCACCCGGGCUUCGGGGGCAGCACGGGCGCGCCGUUCCCACCGCACGACGCCAACGCCGUGGACGUGGUGGUCAAGUACGCGCUGCAUCGCCUGCACUUCCCGCCUGCGCACGUAGUGGUCUACGGCUGGUCCAUCGGGGGCUUCACGGCCACCUGGGCCACCAUGACAUACCCAGAGCUGGGUGCGCUGGUGCUUGACGCCACCUUCGACGACCUCGUGCCGCUGGCCCUGAAGGUCAUGCCCCAUAGCUGGAAGGGACUGGUGGUGCGCACCGUGCGGGAGCACUUCAACCUCAAUGUGGCCGAGCAGCUGUGCCGCUACCCUGGGCCGGUGCUGCUGCUUCGACGCACGCAGGACGACGUGGUCAGCACCUCGGGCCACCUGCGCCCCCUGCCGUCCGGCGACGUGGAGGGCAACCGCGGCAACGAGUUGCUGCUGCGCUUGCUGCAGCAUCGCUACCCCAGCGUGAUGGUGCGCGAGGGCCUCGCCGUGGUGACCCGCUGGCUGCGCGUCGGCAGCCUGGCUCAGGAGGCCGCCUUCUACGCGCGCUACCGCGUGGAUGACGAAUGGUGCCUGGCUUUGCUGCGCUCCUACCGCGCGCGCUGCGAGGACGAGCAGGAGGAUGAGGAGGCCUGGGGGCCCCACGGCCUCGCCUUCCCCUGGCUAGUGGGCCAGGGCUUGAGCCCGCGGCGGCGCCGGCAGCUCGCGCUGUUCCUGGCGCGCAAACACCUCAAAAACGUGGAGGCGACUCACUGCAGUCCGCUGGAACCGGAGGACUUCCAGUUGCCCUGGAGGUUGUAGCCUGAGCCCCUGCGGCAGCUGGCGUGUUCGCGCAUUCGUGCACCUUCAGGGCCUUGGUCCAUUCCCUCCCCACACCUCAAAGCAGUAAAGCUGGCCCGCUUGGGGAUCCCGACUUGGUGUUCUGGGGGAAAGUGGGGCAGUACAUAAGGACCUGGUGCUCUCCCUCACUGGGGCCUUCCCUCCUCUUUUUUGUCUCUUUCUCCCUCAAACACUGUGGACGUCCCCAUCUGCUCUCAGCUCCUAAAAGGGAAUGCAAAGAUUAACCAGACCCAGUUUAUGGUAAUGCUGUGUGAUGGGCGCCUUGAUCACCUCCAAAGAAUGGUGGGAAUACAGGUUGUGAGACCCCAGGAGGUGCUCUGCACCUGGCCUGGGUUGCAGGAUGUCUCUGGGAAAGAUGAGUGUUGAAGGGUCUGCACAAGUCGCCCCAGGCUAUGAAAGCACAUUGGCGCUGGAGGGCUGUAAACCAGGUCUUGGCAGCUGGACCUUCCCAGGACUGUGAUGCUGCUGCUCCAUAGGGUCCCCUCCCCACCUCCACACUCCUGGCUUCUAGAGGAAGGGGUUCACUGUGGGACCAUAGACUGAGUAGCAGGUAUACACAGUGGCAUGUCUAAGUGGGGCUACAGACACACCUGCACCAACCACUCAUUGCUGGGUGUCCCCUUGAGCCCCACUUGGGCUAGGCUCUGUUCCUGGCUCAGAGAUGCAAUGCAGAAUGAGAGACGAGCCCUCUGCUCACUACUAUGUGUAAUGCAAUUGCUUCCUUACCAUCUGCCAUGAAUUGCAUGAAGCAGGGACUACUGGCUGUCUCCAGCCUCUGGGGACAGAGGCUGGCUAAGGUGGGUUGAGCAAGAAGCUCUGGAAAAACUGAAAGAAGGCAAGUGGAACAGACAAUAAUUGACAGCAUGGGGGCAGAACAUGGCCAUGAUGCACCUGGGCCAAAGCAAGCAGAGGUAGGUACCUAAGGUGACCUAAAGUACUAGGAAGACGCCUGUGGCGAGCAGGUGAGCUUUGAGCUGAGACAGGAAGACGAGUUAGCCAGGUUAAGGAAGGGGCUUCCAUGCCUAGGGUGAGGGCUUGGCUGGGAGUGGGGAGUGCAGUCCAAAAGGUCAGAUCCUAAAGGAUUGAAUACCAUUUAAGGAUUUGCUUCCAGGGACAAUUAGGGGCCAAAGAAGAGAAGUUGUGGGACUUGUUUAGCGGGAUGGGGUUGCCUAGUGGUUACACACCUCUCUUGGGAAGUCCAGCAAACUCUUGUUCCAGAGUCUGCUGGAAGCCCCUCACCUGGCUGAGUGAACUUGGGCAAGCUACUCUAACCUCAGUUUUCCCCUCUGGUAAGUGGGGAGGGCUCCACCUGGC